CAGGAAAGCAGGUACGAAGCAGACUUCGAGGAGUUAGAGCACCUAGGUUCGGGUGCUCAAGGGGACGUUUUCAAGGUGAAGAAUCGACUAGACGGCAAGAUGUACGCUGUGAAGCGCAUCCGCAUAGAGGAGAUCUACUUCGACGUGGACGCCCAAAGAAUCCGGCCUCAACCUUCGAAAGGCCUAACCAAGAUGCUCCGAGAAGCGCAAACACUGGCCUCACUGAACGCGCGUCACGUGUUGCGCUAUCACCAGUCCUGGCUGGAAGAGGGCUUGCACACGCCGGACCGCCGCGUGCUGGAGCAGUACGGGUUGCGCGAUUUGCUGAGUAGCAGCGGCGCAAAAGGUGCUGCUGUUGCAGCAAGUCCUGCGGAUAGUGAUCCUAAUCUGUUGUCGCAGUUUGGAUCCAGCAGAGAAGAUUUCGAGCGUUUAGGGCAGUCGUUGCUCAACAUUCCGUUGGAGACGAGAACUUCUCUUGGCGUGACCACUCGCACAAACACGCAAGCACAACAGAUGACACAGCAGCAGCAGCAGUUAUUGGCGACUACAGCGUCAACAUCUUCGUCUGUGCCGGACCUGAACAUGCAAUCGCGUUCCCAGCUUUUCGUGCUCGAUCCAGUAUCACGGCAGAUUCAAAGGCGGUGCUGUUUCCUCUACAUUCAGCUGGAGUACUGCCCAACGACGCUGGUCGACGUUCUCGAAGACGCGACAAAAGUGCGGAAGGCAAAAAGUGAGACACUCUGGAGGUAUUCCCGACAAAUUCUCGAAGGGCUCGCUGCGGUGCACGCUAUGGGCGUCCUUCACCGCGAUUUGAAGCCGUCGAACAUCUACUUCGACGCUGCGGGAGACAUCAAGAUUGGGGACUUCGGUCUGGCGACGUUCGAGCAGUUUGGUGGCAUUCUAGAGCAUCAAGGAAGUGCCAGUGCGAUGGAUGAACGCGAGAAGCAGAAGAACAAAGAACAAGGAGCCGCUACAGUUGUUGGAAAACGUCAGAACAAAGCGGCUUUGAAAAAUCGAAAAAGCGGAGGUGGAGGUGCGGAUAGCGAGCAAGAAGUCGAUCAUGAGGCAGACCAGUACAUGGACGACCUUACGACCGGUCUGGGCACCAAGUUGUACGUUUCGCCGGAGCAAGAGCAAAGCCUGGUGCAGGAUGGCGGCGGCGGGGGUGCAACAGCUUCUAAACAGCAGGCACAGCAGAAGGAGUACGACGAAAAAACGGACAUCUACAGUUGUGCGAUGAUCCUGUACGAGUUGUGGCAUCCGUUCCGCAGUCUCCGUGAGCGCGUCGUCGGACUUUUGAAUCUGCGACGCAACGGCCUGCCGCAGCAGUUUGCGAAUGCGCACAGGAGGCAAGCCUUCUUGAUCCGCGCCAUGCUGUCGGUGGACCCCGAACGACGGCCGACGGCCAAGGAGAUCCUGCUCGGCGAGUACCUGCCAGCUCGCGAGGACCAGGAGUUUGUGUCGGACAUCUUGAAAACCAUUGUCACGCCACAAGGACUGCAGGUCGUGCUGAACAAGCUCUUUGCGAUGGGAGAGCGA